AUGUUUGAGUCCAGCUGCCUGUGCGGCGCGAAUCGGUUGCGCUGGGAAGCUGAGCCUUUCUUGAGGAUGCGUUGUUGGUGUGUGGACUGUAAGAAGUUCUCGGGGUCGACGAAUACAAACAAUAUCUUGGUCGCCCUCAAAGGGAUGCGAGUGUUGAAGGGCAACCUCAAAACGUUCACCUUGGACGUCGACUCUGGAAACCAGAUGACCAGCUUCUUCUGCGACAAUUGCGGAUCGACCUUGUUCCGUAGACCCAGCGGAUUCGAUGGUGGCGUGGCCGUGAUGAUUGGUGGUGUUGACGGGGACGAGAUGUUACACGCCAGCAAGCCUCAGGUGGAGAUCUAUACAAGUCAUCGUCCGGAAUGGAUCGCACCCAUCCAAGGGGCAGAGCAAGUGGAGGGCGCGUGGCAUCCAAGGCCUGACCAGUUGCCCAGCCGCGCUUGA